AUGAUGAACAUUGCACAAAAAAGUCAUAAACAAUUCUUAACAAGGUUAUCAACAACAUUGGUCCAAUCAAGCCAAAAGUGUGGUACUACAAGUUACAAUUGUUCGCAAUCCUAUUCUUAUUCUUCUUAUUCUUCUUCAAACAACAAUAAUCAAAACAAAGAGAAUAAUAAUAAUAAUCAAGGAGAAGAUCAUGAACAAACUAAAAGAAAGAACAAGUUCAAAGUAGAAUGGAAGACAAUUAGUAGACCACUGUUGGUUGGUGCCGCUCUCUCAAUGUCAUCAAUUCUUCAUCUAGAGGGAGAAGAGAAACCUAAAAACCCACUUGAUGAAUUGGUACUAUUAAAGAAACCAAGUAAUGGCAAACAAAGAAUUGUGAUCUUGGGUACUGGAUGGGCAAGUUUGGCUUUUAUCAAUAAUAUCGACCCUUCAAAGUAUGAAUUGAUUGUAAUCUCUCCAAGAAAUUUCUUUUUAUUCACUCCUAUGCUUGCAUCUGCAACUGUUGGAUCGUUGGAAGUUCGUAGUAUUAUUGAACCCAUUCGUAGAGUAUUAAAGAGAAUAGCUAAAGGCAACUGUUCCUACAUUGAAGCUGAAUGUACAGAGAUUAACCAAAAUGAAAACUAUGUUGUUAUUAGUGAUUCAAGUCCAUUGGAAGGACCAAGACCAAAAGAUAUCAAGAUUAGUUAUGAUAAGUUGGUGAUUGCUGUUGGAUCAGUUCCACAUACAAUGGGAACCAAAGGUGUCAAAGAACAUUGUCUAUUCCUCAAAGAAGCAAACGAUGCUUUGAGAAUUAGAACCAAGGUUAUGGAUUGCUUCGAACGUGCCAGUUUCCCGAAUCAACCUAUCAAUGAAAUCAAGAGAUUACUUCAUUUUACGGUGGUCGGAGGUGGUCCAACUGGUGUCGAAUCAGCAGGUGAAUUAUAUGACUUUAUUCAUGAUGAUUUGGUUUCAACAUUCCCAGAGUUGGUUCCACAUUGUCAAAUUACACUUGUCCAAUCGGCAGAUCAUUUAUUAAAUACAUAUGAUGCCAAAAUUAUUGAAUUUACUGAAAAACAAUUUGGUAGAUCAAAUAUUCAAGCAUUGUAUGGAUCAAGAGUAGUUGAAGUAAACGAAACUACAUUAAAGGUAAUGAGCAAGAAUGAUAAAAAGGAAUACGAAAUACCAUUUGGUAUGUGUAUUUGGGCAACUGGAGUUGGACCACGCACAUUGACUAGAAAGUUUUGUGCAUCGGUUCCAGACCAAAAGAAUCAACGUGCCAUCACCACUGAUGCUUUCCUAAGAGUUGUUGGUGUACCAAACCCCAAUGUCUAUGCAAUUGGUGAUUGUUCAACCAUCACCCAAAAUAAGCUUUUGGACAAGGUUGCUGAUAUUUUCAAAGAGGCCGAUGUCAACAAUGAUAAUCAAUUAUCCAUCGAUGAACUUGUUCAAGUUGUUCAGAAAUAUACCAAAACCUAUCCACAACUUCAACCAAUUGCUAGUGAAUUACCAAGAGAAUUUAAGAAAUUCGAUGUAAACAAGGAUGGAUUUUUGCAAUUGGAAGAAUUUAAACAACUAUUACAAAAUGUUGAUAGCAAGUUGACAACCCUACCGGCAACGGCUCAAGUCGCUAAUCAAAUGGGUGCAUACUUGGCCAAGUCACUAAACGUCGAUGUCAUCAAGAAUGAAAAGAAUGAUGAAAUUCACUUGCCAGCCUCACCAUUCAACUAUAAGCAUUUGGGUAGUUUUGCCUAUAUUGGAAGUCACACCUCGGUGGCCGAGAUUCCAGGUGUCAAUUUCAGUGGUGGAGGUUUGGGUGUAUGGUAUGCCUACAGAUCAAUCUAUUGGGAGAAGCAAUUCAGUUUAAAAAACAAAGUUCUUUUAUCUUUUGAUUGGAUGAAAUCUAUAAUCUUUGGUAGAGAUAUUAGUAGAAUUUAA